GGAGGUGCUGGUGGUGGUGGUGGUGGUUUUGCCAUCGCCGGUGGCAGACAUGGCCCAGCAGGCGGGGGUGGGGGUCACCCACCAGGACACUCUGGCAGUGCCCCCCAUGCCCAAACACUCGGGCCUGAACGAGGACCUGGUCAAGAUCCUGAGAGAGAACCUGCUGCAGCCGGAGAGGCCACGGGGACACCGGCGGUCCCCCUCGUCCAUCUCCCCCCGCCUCUCCCCCCGCAACUCACCUCGGCUGCUGCGCCGCAUGCUGCUCAACAACAACAUCCACAAACAGAGACGCUUCACCGUCGCGCACACAUGUUUUGAUGUGGACAACGGCACGUCAUCAGGGCGAAGCCCCCUGGAUCCCAUGGCCAGCCCGGGGUCCGGCCUCAUCCUGCAGGCCAACUUUGUCCACAGCCAACGGAGAGAGUCCUUUCUGUACCGCUCUGACAGUGACUAUGACCUGUCACCCAAGUCCAUGUCCCGAAACUCCUCCAUCGCCAGCGACAUUCAUGGUGACGAUAUGAUUGUAACGCCAUUUGCACAGGUUCUUGCCAGUUUGAGAACUGUACGGAACAAUUUUGGUGCAUUAACCAAUUUGCAACAAGACAGAACAUCCAACAAGAGAUCACCCAUGUGUAACCCACCACCUAUCACCAAGACCUCCUUUACAGAGGAGGCCUACCAGAAACUGGCCACUGAGACCCUGGAGGAGCUUGACUGGUGCCUGGACCAGCUGGAGACGCUUCAGACCAGACACUCAGUCAGUGAGAUGGCCUCCAACAAGUUCAAGAGGAUGUUGAACAGAGAGCUGACUCACCUAUCAGAGAUGAGCCGCUCGGGGAACCAGGUGUCGGAGUUCAUCUCCAGCACCUUCCUGGACAAGCAGCAUGAAGUGGAGAUGCCGUCCCCUCAGAGCCAGAAGGAGAAGGAGAAGAAGAACAAGCCCAUGUCUCAGAUCAGCGGGGUGAAGAAAUUGCAGCACUCCUCCAGCCUCACCAACUCCAACAUCCCCCGCUUUGGAGUCAAGACUGAGACCGAGGAUGAACUUGCUAAGGAGUUGGAGGACGUGAAUAAAUGGGGCCUUAACGUAUUCAAAAUCACAGAGUUCUCUGGGAAUCGCCCGUUGACGGUGAUGAUGUACACAAUAUUCCAGGAGAGAGACUUAUUAAAAACUUUCAAAAUUCCACUUGACACCUUUAUAACCUACCUGAUGACAUUAGAAGAUCAUUACCAUGGCGAUGUGGCCUACCACAACAACAUCCAUGCUGCUGACGUCACCCAGUCCACUCAUGUGCUGCUAUCCACCCCUGCCCUUGAGGCUGUUUUCACAGACUUAGAGAUCCUUGCUGCCAUCUUUGCCAGUGCAAUUCACGACGUGGACCAUCCGGGAGUCUCCAACCAGUUUCUCAUCAACACCAACUCCGAGCUAGCCCUGAUGUACAACGACUCUUCGGUAUUGGAAAACCACCACCUGGCAGUGGGUUUCAAGCUCCUACAGGAGGAAAACUGUGACAUCUUCCAGAACUUGACCAAAAAACAAAGACAAUCACUGCGCAAGAUGGUCAUCGACAUUGUCCUAGCAACUGACAUGUCAAAGCACAUGAAUCUACUGGCGGAUCUGAAGACGAUGGUAGAGACUAAGAAGGUGACCAGCUCCGGUGUCCUGCUGCUGGACAACUACUCUGACAGAAUACAGGUUCUGCAGAACAUGGUGCACUGUGCGGACCUGAGCAACCCGACCAAGCCUCUCCAGUUGUACCGACAGUGGACGGACCGCAUCAUGGAAGAGUUCUUCAGCCAGGGUGACAGAGAGAGGGAGAGAGGAAUGGAGAUCAGCCCCAUGUGUGACAAACACAACGCCUCGGUAGAGAAGAGCCAGGUGGGUUUCAUAGACUACAUCGUUCAUCCUCUAUGGGAGACAUGGGCAGACCUUGUCCACCCAGAUGCCCAGGACAUCCUGGAUACGUUGGAGGACAACAGGGAGUGGUACCAGAGCACCAUCCCCCAGAGCCCCUCUCCUGCCCUGGACGAGCCAGAGGACGGCAGUCGGCCCCCUGGAGGGGACAAGUUCCAGUUUGAGCUCACCCUGGAAGAGGACGGGGAGUCGGACACGGAAAAGGACAGCGGCAGCCAGCCGGAGGAGGAGGAGGAGGAGGAGAACAGCUGUAGUGACUCUAAAACACUCUGUACACAGGACUCUGAGUCGACAGAGAUCCCUUUGGACGAACAGGUGGGGGAAGAGGAAGAGGCAGUAGAUGAGGGGGAAACACCCUGCUCGCAGCCCUGUGUUGUAGAAGAGGAGGAGGUAGAGGAGGGUGCGGAGGACGACGAGGAGGACGAGGAGAGAGCGAAAUCUGCCGAUACAUAGCAGUGUAUGGACAGCAACUGAUUAACUGUUUCUCUUAGUAAUGACAAAUGAUUAUUUAUAGAAUAUUUUUUGGGGUUUUGUGGAGUCUGUGUUUUUUAUACAUCUAUGUUUAUGGUUCCAAAGUGUGCGCCGCACUCCAGCUUGACCAUUGCCCCCCCCCCCCUUCUCAUCUGAACUGGUCAUGUUUUUUGUUUUGUUUUGUUUUUUAUUUUUGUCCCCCCCCCCCCCCCA